CCAUUUAUUUACUUCUCAAUGAAGACAGUACAACAUGGCAGGAAGAGAACCAAUCGGUGUUCUUCUACUUCACAUUUUUUGCCUUCUGUGUGUUACCAUCCUUUGUUUGCCGACUGCAAAGAUACCAGACUUUGAUGUAGACGGUGGACGAGACCUUGACAUUUUUGACAUCAAUGAAGAGGCAGGGCUGAAUCUGGUAGAGGGAGACAUUGUACUUGAUGAGACACAAACACGGAAUUCUAUCAUUGGGGAUGAGUACAAGUGGCCAACAACUGUUCCCUACUACAUGGAAGAUGACUUAGAGAUCAAUGCAAAAGGUGUAAUUCUAAAGGCCUUUGAACAGUACCGCCUCAAGACCUGCAUUGACUUCAAACCAUGGAGCGGGGAAGAAAACUACAUUUCGAUCUUUAAAGGAAACGGCUGCUUCUCCUCUGUUGGUAAUCGCAAGGUCGGGAAGCAGAGGUUGUCAAUAGGAACGAACUGCGACCGCAUCGCUACGAUAGAACAUGAGUUCCUUCAUGCUCUGGGCUUCUGGCAUGAGCAGUCCAGGUCAGACCGCGAUGACUAUGUGCAGAUCGUGUGGGACCGCAUCUUGGAAGGCAGAGAACACAACUUCAACACAUAUGAUGACACCGUUUCCAGCUCUUUGGGCGUGCCCUACGACUACAACUCCAUGAUGCACUACAGCAAAGGCGCUUUCCAGAACGGUUCGGAGCCCACCAUCGUCACCAAGAUCCCUGCUUUCAGCGAUGUCAUCGGACAGCGAAUGGAGUUCAGUGACAGUGACCUGCUGAAGCUGAACCGCCUCUACAAGUGCACUCAAGGCUCCACCUUUCUGGACUCGUGUGAUUUUGAGCGUGAGAAUAUCUGUGGGAUGAUCCAGGGACAUGGGGACCAGGCCGACUGGGUGAGGGUCGUUAGUGCAGAUGGAGGGCCAGACACGGACUAUUCCAACAUGGGCAAAUGCACAGGAUCAGGAUACUUCAUGCACUUUAGCACUGGUGCGGCCAACACUGGAGACACAGCCGUGCUGGAGAGCAGGCUUGUUUAUCCAAAAAGAGGGUACCAGUGUUUGCAGUUUUUCUACUACAACAGCGCUGGUCCCAGCGACACCCUGAAGAUCCAUGUCAGGGAGUACGAUGAAGCUAAUCCCAAUGGAACGCUGCGCUUUAUAACAACACUAACUGGAUCUCCUCAGGAUUUGUGGCAGCUGCAUCAUGUGAGUCUAGAUGUGAAAAAAAAGUUCAGAGUUGUCUUUGAAGGGACAAAGGGGGCCUCGGGGCCGGCAGCAGGAGGACUCUCACUGGAUGACAUUAACCUUUCCGAGACCACCUGCCCCGAGUUUGUAUGGCGGGUGAAAAACUUCAGCCAUGUCAUGGAUACGACCCCAACCGACACCUCUAUCUUUAGCCCCCCCUUCACGUCCAAGGAGGGUUACACCUUCCAGAUGCAGAUUUACCCCAGUGGUAAAGAGGGCUAUUCUGGGCAGUUGUCUGCCUAUGCUCACCUCGUGGCGCGGGAAGGGGACACCGGACAAACAUGGCCUUGCCCGUGGAAGCAGAUGACCAUGAUGCUGAUGGAUCAGCACCCUCACAUUCAAAAGCGCAUGUCCAAUCAGCGCAGCGUCACCACUGACCCAACCAUGAAGGCAACAGAUUCUGAACUUUUCUUCUGGGACGAUCCACGGAAGGUUGGCACUGAGGUGACGGAUACCGAUGGGUCCAAGUAUUUCCGAGGGCCGGGUUUUGGUACUGCAGCGUAUCUCACACACCUCAGAGCUAAGAGCAGAGACUUUAUCAAGGGAGGAGAUGCCAUCUUUCUACUCACAAUGGAAGAUGUGGCCCAUCUGACACAAUCCCAGCCUGUGCCUUCCACAACCUUAAGACCUACCACAUCCACAUCCACAACCACUAAUGCUUCAGAUAUUUGCCAAAAUGUGCUGUGUCAGAAUGGUGGAAUCUGCGUUGGGGAUCAAGGGAAGCCUUCUUGCAGGUGUGUGGUGGGCAACGACUGGUGGUACUACGGGAAUGUCUGUCAGCACAAAGGCUCCACGCAGGAUAAAACCACUCUAGCACUGGCCUCCUCUCUGUCUGUGCUGGGAGCAAUGUUAGUGAUCACAGUCGUCAGCGUCUUCUGUAUGAAGAAGAAGUACAAGAAGAAGGUUAUGAACGACGACAGCAACAUGUACAUGCAAAAUGUGCAUGCCAAUGAUGGACCCUAACAAUAACUUGGACUUUUUUGUCAAUGAAAAGAUUACAGCUGUUGACGGAGAGCUGGAUUAAAUCUAAUGUUGCCUUAGAUUGCCACCUAUUGGUCAUUUAUUUGAUGUAAAGUCAUGGACGCGAUGGAGGAAGUUUUAAUGUGUAAAUGGAGAUAUUCUAAAUGAAGCUUUUAUUAAGGUUGUGAUCUUUGCAUAAAACUGUUAACAUGUCAAAAAAGAAAAAAAAAUAAAGUCUCAGACAACAACGGUUAUAUUCACAAAUUUAAAAUUUAUUAUACCAAAGACAGGAACAUUUUGUAGUGUCUCUUUUCCGUGUGGCUAUACUUGUUGGUGUUACUGAACUAGACACAGUCAUGCCGGUGAUAACAGUUACUGUAGGAGGGAGGUGGGACUAAUUACCUGUGAGUAUCCAUGUAUGUGAAUGUCUCAUGUGUGUACGUGUGUGUGUGUGUGUGUGUGUGUGUGUGUGUGUAUGUGAUUGUUUGCGUGUGCAUGCAAAUACCUAUUAGUGUUCAGUAGAUACAGUGAUGACUACAGGACAUCACAGUUCAACAAAGUGGAGCAAACCAUUGCAACUUAGUGUAUAAAUAUUGUACGGAACGUUAGUUUCCAUCCUGCAACUGCACAUUUACACUUGUGUGUGUGUGUGUGUGUGUGUCUGUUGUGAUGUCGAUGUUGUGUUUGUGGGUUUACACCGUAAGAUAAAGGGGGCACGCCUCCAUAACAGCAAAACAAUAAAUCCUCCCCACAGCUACAAGCCUUCACCGACAUACAGUUCCUUUUAAAAGCAUCAGUAUACAACAUUUUUCUUAUUUACAAUCAUUGAAAAAGAAUCACCAUUUCUCUCAGAGAAGAUUAGUAAAAAAGUGACUGAGUCACCAUAAAGAGUAUGCAACUCCUAGGAGUUAGUAUUGGAAAUUUUCUACAAAAAAAAUCUCUAUGUCAUUUUACAGGCCGAGAGCUGUGAUUUACUGAAGAAAUACAGUAUUUUAAGUGCCCUAUAUAAAACAGUUAGGUGUGGUAUUAAUGGCGCAUGAAACACCAAAAGUCGAUUGAUAACAAAAAGAUGAGUCUGUAUUUCAAAAGGUUCCUUUUUAGCAACUUCACUGUGAUCACACUGAUUUAAGUUCUUACAAAACAAAAUAAACCAUGGAAUCGUUAUCCAUAUUAAGUACGGUGACAAGCUAAUGCUAUUUGCAAAUAGACUAGUGUUGAUUAUGUACUGGAGAAAACAAAAACAAACAAA